AUGAAAGCGGGGCCCCAUAUGGUAGCUUGUUUGCUGUUGCAUGGCAACGUGCAUUUCGAGAAGUGGCACCUUGCGAGCUUGGAUGACCGCUGCAGGGCCCAUCGUGUCAAUGUCGGACAAGAAACGACAUUUGGAGAAGGCAAUAGGGCCUGGACCAUAUCCAUGUGUCUUGACAGGCAGAACUUGACCCUCACAGUCUGGGUUGAAGAUGGCCAAGACCAGCUGGCUCAAGCUCGGACGCAGACUCGGAGCGUUCAAUCGGGGACCAAUUCUGGCUUCCGCUUGGGAUCGGCACUGAACGGAACUGCCGGUGGGCACGGAUUCUGUGGUUCCACUGGAAAUCAUGGCAAUUCGAUGGAUGGAUGCCACUGGUCCACAUGGUCCAAGAAGGCCCAAAACCUGGACCGGCUUGAAAGAACUAAGGGUCGGCUUGGUGUUGCAUUUGUAGACAGAGAGAUCAUCGAUGCAUUUCAGAUGCAACCCCAACGUUGA